AUGUCGAAUCAAGAUAAGAGAGAAGAGCCAAUCGUCAGAAUGCGCGAGAAGAACGUCAACAGCCAGGCUCAUUCGGCCUUGGCUCGAGCCAAUGAGGUUCUUAACGAAGGAGACAUCACCGAGGAGACUGAAGAAAUACGCAAAUUGGACUCUCAAUUAGACCAUUUGAAUGAUUACAUGUCAAAGAUGGAGGAGAGAAUUAAGGCUCAUAGCGACAGAAUGAUGGAGACUUUGAGGCAACAAAAGGAAGAGCGUGAGAAAAGAAGAAGAAGCUUCCACGAGCGCAUGUCCCAGAAUCAAUCGGAAGAUGAAGAGUUCAAGAAGCAAAUUACCAACAUCUUGAAAAGAGUCGAAUCUGUCAAGAAACCAGCUACUGCCACCAUUGCUGAAUAA